AUGAGUAUAAAUAGAACGCACCGUGUCAAUGUUUAUAUUCAACGUUCAAAGCGAUCUACUCAGUGACGCUGAUAGCGAAGUUCGAGAAAUUUUUCAAUAACUUUCCUGUGCACCGUUAUUCAAAAGUGAAAAGCAAAACGUGGAGGAAAAUGUACAGAAUCGUGAGACAGCCAAGUUAUUUUGAUGACAUCCUACCCCUUGUAAGGCUAGCAGACGAACUGACAACACCGUUUUAUGAUUCUACCAACAACAUUGCGUCUGCUGGAGAUGGAAGACCAGCCUUGGCAAGAAGAUCAGGAGAAUCAGAGGUUCAUAACACUGACAAAGAGUUCCGUAUUCGUUUGGAUCUACAUCACUUCAGGCCAGAGGAAGUGAAAAUUACAUCAGACAACCAGAAAGUGACAAUUAAUGCUAAACAUGAAGAAAAACAAGACAACCAUGGCUUUGUUUCCAGAGAAAUAACUCGCAUUUACAAGCUACCAGAGGAUGUUGAUGCAAAGUCAGUGACCUCUACAAUGAAUGCUCAUGGUGUACUUAGCAUCAAAGUUCAAAAGAAAGCAUUGGAGGAGCCAAAAGAAACCGCCAUUCCUGUAACAUUUGGUUGAAUUCUUUAGUUUCCAUCUCAUCAUUGAUAUCAUUUUUCAUUUUGUUGUUCACCAGUAUUAAUUUUCUUUAUUUUGAUAUUAAAUUUCAAAACGAAAA